AUGCCCGCAUGGAAUGUGAACGUGACAUUCGGCGGCGAGAAACGGAGAAGAUACCUUAAAGUUGCAGUGCUGGGUCUUGGUGCCUGCAUUAUCUGGCCCUCGUGGCCCUACUUUGUGAACUCUGCAACGUCUGCUCCUAGAGGUGAGAUACACUCCAGAGCAUCUGACUUGCGCGUCACGUUGCCUGCGGCAGCAGUCUUGGACGUUGGUUCCGCGCCAGCAGAACCGUCAGCCGUGCAAAUUCUAGUCCCAUUGCUUUGUGCAAUAAUUCCUGUCGCAUACUGGUGGUACGUCCUUGUUCCCUUCAAGCGGCGUGAAUUGGCUGCAAGCAAGCGCAAGGGCGACAUGAAAGAGUAUCUUCAAGACUUGGCCAUAGCGCCCGCGCAGGAAAGAAAGCCCGAGAGGUGGCUCUUUGACAAAUAUUUGCGUGAGGCCAAGCUUAUAGAAGCUGGCGAGGCAUCUGGGCUUCCGAAAGCGGUUCAGACCGUAGAAGCUGGGCUGCAGGAGCAGCUUCCAGGUGGCAAUGCACAGUUUGGUGUCCGGGUGAGCCCGCCGGCUGACCCAAGCAUGGAGAAGGCCCCGCUGCUGCCGCUUCCUGCAGGAGAAAGCUCCAUCGCGCCAAGCUGGCCCGUGGUGCAGCCACCUGAGCCUGCCUACAGCACCCUGAACGAUUGCCAGACGUGCUUGCGUUGCCCGUCCGCGUAUGGUUGUGGUUGUUGCAGCACGCUGUGUUAUGCGACGCUGGGUCUAGUCGUGUUUGCCUUGUUUCUGGUCCUUUAUCCUUUCGUCGCAGCACUGGCACUGGUGCUGCUGCUCCUGUUCGGGUGGUUAGCGGGUUCUGUGAUGGUUUAUCUGGCGUGCUUGAGACCACCUCCAGCUCUGGUUUGGAAGGGUGCCAAGCUUCUUCAGCUCACGCGGCUGACUUUUUACCAGCUGCCAAAGGCCGCGGAGUGGAGAGUCACCGACUUGAAGCCGAAGGCAAAGUUGACAACCGGCUUGCUGCAGUACGCCAUUGCGGUACGGGUGCCGUUUCUCUCAGAGGACGAGCUUUAUGCAGGUGGACUCUUCGAGUCGCUGGUGCGGCUGGCUCCGUCUGCCGAGUUCAUGACUUCCUCGAUGUUUUUCUCAGCACCGCCAGCAAUCAGCAGCUUGAGCAGCUUCAGAGAAGGAGAAAACCCAGUUGAAUAUGGAAUGGAAGUCUGUCGGGACAUCUACCCCAAAGUGGUGCAGGAAUGGAAAGACAAGACUUCGGAUCGAGCCUUGGCCCACUUCUGUUUGCACGGACUUGGGGCGCACCGUCUGGAGAAGGCGGAUCCGUCGCUCCACACUGGCUGUGCAUACGUAGUGCGAACCAAUCAACUGGCUGCGCUGCCAGUUAGGGACGGCUUCGAGCACUACGGGAACGAUGUGUAUUUUGAUAAGGACUUCAAGGUAGUCAAAAUCGUCCGUGAAGAGCAGGUGGAACCGUGGGAGAUGCCAAGGUCAACCACAUUUCUUCCUGAUGGUUCCAGAACGUGGGAGUAUGCCAAAUUCUGUUUCCGCAGCUCCUUGUUUUCAUUCGUCACUCUUGUGGACCACCUGUACGGGUGUCAUCUGCAGCUUGCGAAUGUCGUUGUGCAGGCAAUGCGUGAGCAGCUCUCAAGCGAUCAUCCGAUUCGACGCUUUCUGCUGCCAUUCUCGUAUGGAACAAUCAACAUCAACGACCUGGCAAGGCAGACCCUCGUGACGCGAGAUUCUUUUGUACCCCAGCUUCUCCCCUUGGACAACGAGGGUCUGCAGCUUGCUUGGGCCUCGGCGUACAAGCUUCUGCCACCCGAGUAUGUGCUGGACACAGCUUCUGGAAGUGAGGGGCCGAUGGAGCUCAUGGAGACGUUGUUUGACAGGGAGAAGGUCAUCAAGCGCAAGCAAGAGCAGGGGCUGGAUACCUCGUACUAUCAGCAAGCAUUGAGGUACUGGCGCAUCUUGCGUAAGUUCGUGGCAGAUUACUUGGAUCACUACUAUGGGACCGGUUCACGUGGAGAGAUGGCACUCGCAGCAGAUGAGGAGCUGAAGCUAUUCUUGCUGCAGACGGUCACGCAGCUGCAAGCUUUCUCGGAUCCUUUUUCCACCGGGCAGGUGCAUGAGCUUUGGCCUUCUGUUCCAAAUUCCCGCAAGAAGCUGAUCUUCAUCAACUUCUUGACGCGCUUCUGUGAGCUCGUUACGGUGGGGCAUGAGCAGGUGGGCCAGGUGCAAGCCUAUGCGCAAGAUGCAUCGUUUUGCGCGUUCUCCUGGUCCAAGAGUUUACGGCAGGAAGGCCCGCUUGUAGGACCCAAAGAGGUAGCCCUCGGCGGAGCCUUGCUGAUGGCUCUGACAAGCACUCCGAUGCCGAGACUGCUGGCACAAAGUCCAACCGAUGACUGGUCGCAUGUCUUCCCGGCCAUGUCAGAGGGUGAUCGAGCCAAAAUAUUCGGCGAUUUCCAGUCCGAGUUGCGCAAGUUCUCUACCGAGUGUGACGAGUACAACGCAACGGCGGCGGAGCGACCCUUUCCGAAUGACUUCGGACUUUGGGUUUUCAAUCCCAAGUUCCUAGAAACUAGCGUGUCCAUUUAA